CCUCGCCGCGCCGUCGCUGUGGUAGUCAGUCUCGGAGCGCCCGUGUGGCUCGCAGUGGUGCGGAGCUCUCUUCGCUGCGCGGAGCCUGCGGUUGGCGAGCGGCGCGGGAGCCGCAUCGUCGGAGCUCGGGAGCGGCGUCCGGGGAGCCGGCGGCAGCAGCGCGGGGCCCGGGUUGGCGUGGUGUUGCUCUCGCAAACUUGGGCGUGCGUGGGCGCCGCGGCCGGAGCGAUGAAGAUGGUCGCGCCCUGGACGCGGUUCUACUCCAACAGCUGCUGCCUGUGUUGCCACGUGCGCACCGGCACCAUCCUGCUCGGCGCUCAUCAAUGCCGUGGUCCUGCUGAUUUUGCUGAGCGCCCUGGCCGAUCCACAUGAGUACCGCUUCUCCAGUUCUGAGCUGGGAGGGAACUUGGAGUUCCUGGACGAUGCCAACAUCUACAUUGCCGUUGCAGUUUCUGUGCUCAUGAUCGUGAUCUGCGCGAUGGCGACCUAUGGCGCGUACAAGCAACGUGCGGCCUGGAUCAUCCCGUUCUUCUGUUACCAGAUCUUUGACUUCGCCUUGAACACCUUGGUUGCGGUCACUGUGCUCGUGUACCCGAACUCCAUCCAGGACUACCUACGGCAGCUGCCUCCUGAUAUUCCCUACAGAGAUGAUAUCAUGUCGGUGAACCCUACCUGUUUGGUCCUUAUUAUUCUUCUGUUUUUCAGCAUUAUCUUGACAUUUAAGGGUUACUUGAUUAGCUGUGUUUGGAAUUGCUACCGAUACAUCAAUGGCAGGAACUCCUCUGAAGUUCUGGUCUACGUCACCGGCAACGACACCACGGUGCUGCUGCCCCCGUACAAUGAUGCCACUGUGACUGGCACUGCCAAGGAGCCCCCGCCACCCUACGUGUCUGCCUGAGCCUGAGGGGCGGCCUGGAGCAGCAGCUGCUUCGCAGACAUCAAGCAAUAGUUCUGAACUUCGCUCCCGAGAUGAGCUCAUCUGACCGCCACUUUUUACGAUGUAGAUGUUCGGUUGAGGCCCUCUGUAGUUUACACACACGCUUUAGCCAAUGCACUGUGGUAGCCGAGCCGUAGGGUCUGUAGGGUGGGAGUGGAGUUAGUGAGCUCCCUUAGUCUUUCCCACAAAAUGUAGAUGGGCCUUGACAUCCAGAAGUCUGAUUUUGUACUUGCUCACCCCACAGUUGGGCGAUUAGCCACUUUUUCUGUUUCCUUUGUCUCUUUCGAAAGUAAAAUAAAACUGAAAAUUGGAUAAUA